CGUCCUCCAACGUUGAAUACUAUCAAAAGCAGAAAGAUUUGCAAGAUUCUAUUCAAGAAAAUGAACAAAAAAGAAAAAGACUUGAAGCACAACUCCAGUCCUAUUGCCAGUCUGAUGAAAACAUGUUUUAAACAAGAAUGCAAGAAUUAGAUGUAUCCACCCAAAGCUUUUCACAGAAGGAGAGCAUUCAUUACUCCAACAACAAUUUGUCAAAACUGCGUGCAGUAAAGCUACAGAGCUACUGGAAGCGUAUUUGCGAGGACGAGAAGCGUAGUCGUGCCCGUAACGCCCAGCUGCUUAGAGACAUGGACCGAAUGGAAGCAAACAUGGCAAGUCUCGAGGCACGAAGGGAGAAACUGAGACAUAUGAAGCAACAGUACUUUGACUACAUAGAGAGAACUUAUCCCCAGUGGCUGGAGCUUGUUCAUCAGAAGAAGCAGGAAUACAUGCAACAACACCAACAACACCAACAACAACAAUAUCAGCAACAACAACACUAUCAGCAACAACAACAACAGAGGGAGCAACAGAUCUACCAGCAACAGGUGCAACAACAACAACAGCAACAACAGCAGCAGCAGGUCUACUCUCAGCAGUCCCGUCCCAGUCCCCAGGGGUCAAACCAGGCCACGCCCACCCAUCCUCAUAGGGACAGCCCACAGACCAAUCCCAAACACCAGGAGGCUUUCCUUACACAGGUUUCUUAUGGUGAUGAGAAUGGAGAGUCUGAUGUGGAUGCUCCGCCCCUCCCCAGUUCUCCCCCUCCCCCUGCUCCUGCUGCCUUUGGUGGGGCCCCACAGGGGAACUACUCCCGUGAGGCACCUGAGAGGGAAUAUACAAACUUGAAGGAUAUAAGGAGAGAACCUGAGCGAAAGACCAAUGUCUCCAUGCCUCAGUCAGUGACCGUCCAUAUGCCGAGUGUUCAAACUGACGCGGGCUCCCCAGUGAAAGGUGGGCGCCCAGACAGUGCAGGAAGGAGCUGGCUGGGGGCGGAGCGAGACAACAGCAUACACAGUGUCAGUUAUAGUGAGGAGGUAGACAUGCCCAUUAACCAGCCAGUACAGAGUGUCACUGUGAGACAGAAGAAUGAGCCAGUCCAGAAUCCCUCAGCAAUGUCAAUGGACCCGGUGUCUGAUGAAGAUGUUAGCGACUUUGAGGAAGAACCUGACUUACCCAGUGGGGCAGGGGAAAAUAGGGGUGGGGCCAAACCUCCCUCACCCACACCCGAACAGGAUGAGGAUGAAAUCUCAGACCAGCCUCCAAGCCCAGUCCAUGCAGAAAUCACAAUGUCAGGCCUUAUGGGGCUGCUGGCUUACGUAGAGACAGAUCUGCAGGAGGCACUGGCACUGGAAGGAUACUAUCGGACACGUAAUCCAGAUGAGAACUACCGCAAACAUGUCAUACACAAGGCCAACAGUAAUGGGGAUCUUUCAAGUCUUGACGGUGAAUUGGUAAGCAUGGUCAUACUACAACAGUUAACCCUAGUUGGGCACCGGCUUCCAGGUGGAUGUAUGCUUUCUGACACUCUCCUGCUGCAACCUGGGCUUACUGAGGCAAACAUCAGAGAUAAUUUGCAUCGUGAUGCAAAGUCCCUGUGGUCCCGCCUCCUUGAGCAUUUCCUGCUGCUGGUGCGUGGCCGUGUAAUGGGGACACGGGAAGUUGCUCAUGUGUUUGUACCCUGUCUUCUCCAUGAACUCUCACACUACCAAGAACAGGCAGUAAGAUUGCUAGAGGAUAUUCUCGAGGGCCUUCUCCGCUCAGGGACUGGGCCAGUACACAACGGGGCGGGGCGGACAUCCCCUGGGCCAGGAGAUAGCAUUACCCUGGACACCGCCCGCUCCAGUCAGCAGGGACAAGUUGUAUAUGAAAACCUCAACUAUGCAGUUCCACGUCUCAAGUUUGGCAGUCUUGUUGAUAGCAAGCGUUUCAGUGACGAUGAAUCGAGCAUGAUCACUCAAAGCAUGGCCACAGAUAAUGGUCCUAAAGUGCCGCUCAAUGAGACAGAGGCUUACAGGAGCCUAGUGAGUGGCACACUGCCCCGCCAGCAGGUGGCGCCACAACAUGACGACACAGACAACUCGGACAACGAGCUAGAGAAACAGGUGGCCUCCACCCUCUCUCCUCGCAGUACCGGCAGUAAACCCCGUACUGACCCCCCAGUAGAAGUCCCCACUAGUGCCCCUCUAGAGGAGUCACAUGACCUGUCACAUGAUGAGUCACAUGAGCAGGAGCCUCUGUCUGACUUGAGUUCCCCUUUGGGGCCUCCUGUGUAUGUUCCAACAGGGGCUCCCACAGGGAUGCAACAACAAAGCACCUUGAAGUCUGUGCUGGGAUCUACAGGGGGCUCCAGCCAACAAAGGAAACUGGCGGGGAUGAUCAGCUCAGAUCUCGAUACAGACACAGAGGUGGAUAUUGGACAAAUGACACAGAAGAAAGAAGAAGAUGAUGAUGACUUUUAUGAAUUCUACGGCUGAUUUUAAAUCAGUUCGCUGUUUCUGUGUCCUGGCAUUUAUUCAUCAUAGAAUACUUGGCCCAUUUUCACUUGGUUUCAAUAGCAGAAAAGCAAUGCUAAAAUAAACAUAAUAUUUUUAACAUGUUAUAUUGAUGUUGUAGUUUUGUAGCAAAAAAUGAGAAAGUAACAGUAAUAAGGUAUUCAAAUAUUUUCCGACCAAUACUCCUCUCAGAACAAUGUUACUAUGGAAUUAAGAUUAUAUCACAAAUAUUCAAAAUUUUCGACCACUAUUUUUCCCAUAACAGUGUAACAACGCAAUUAAGAUUAUCAGUUUUCAGCUUCUUUCUCAGACUGAAGGUGAAUAUGGCUCCAGAUAAUGUUCACACAUUGUUUAAUGUAUUUCAGAUUGUUUAAUGUAAUUUGGAAAGUAAAACAUUGAUGAAAUCUUAUAUAUGUCUGUGAUACACAUUAUUUAUACUUGUACUUUAUUUUAUUUUUAAAAACAUAAGUGUUGUGUUAUAAAUAUGAUCUGAGUAGUAGUAUUAAAAUAUAAAAU